CGGCAUCGCCCAGUGAAGUCCAGAUCUUCGGAGAACAAACUUGGCGAAACUAUUUUGUAAAUAUUAGUAACUGAGCUGUUUGGCCCUCCUGCUGCCAUUCAACAAGGUUGAACUGAAGGCGAUUAGCCGGGCGAAGAAUCACGAAGACAAGAUGAGUUUCAAAAAGGGAUUUCGAAGAUUCUGGGAUGAUCUUCUGACUCCCAAACUCGUUCUUUUGAAAAUCAUAUUUUUUUUCUUGUUAGGAGGUAUUGUGAUACUCUGGCCACAAUUCACCCUUCAUCAAGAGGCAAUCGGACUCACCAAAUACCAGACGGGCAUUGUAGGCUCUGUGCUGUCCGCCGUCACCAUCGUGGUUCCGCUCCUCGCGGGCGUGGCUGGAGACAAACUGGGAAAUUACAAGGUGAUAUUAAGUAUAUCAACAGUGACGGCCGGAGUGGGCGCAUUCCUUUUCACAGUCGUACCUCGGGCCGAGGCCGCGACCUUUUGGGUCUACAUGAUAGUGAGAGUGAGUUUUGGGGCAUUUCAGUCAUUCAGCUUUACCUUAUAUGAGGGCGUUAUAAUGGCUUACGGUCAGGAGUACAAUGUCGACUACGGAUUCCAAAGAGCGUGGGGGACCCUGGCUGUUUUCAUCAGUUCGCUUCUUGGAGGCUACAUUACAGAGGCUACAGAAGGCUUCAGUAUGAUUUUCUACUUGUCGACGGGCAUCCACAUUGUAGCUGGCGGAUUAAUGAUGUUUCUAAACGUGGAAUUCAAGAUGCCUGCUCAGUCGCUCUCCAAACAGAUCUUCAAGCACCUCGCCAAUGCUGAGGUUCUGAUGUUCCUGGGAGCCAUGCUGGCCGUCGGGAUGUUUAUUGGCUACAUUGAGACCUUCAUGUACCGCUACCUGUCCGACCUGGGUGCCUCGCCGUUCCUCAUCAGCCUCACGGUCACCGUCGGGGCUCCUCUCGAGCUCCCCUUUACCCUGGUCUCCUCCUCCUUGGUGGCCAAGGUAGGCCACGCGCCCGUCAUUAUGCUCGGACUGUUGACCUACUCAGUCAGGCUGCUGGGCAUCAGCUUCCUGUCUAACCCGUGGUGGUCAUUGGCUCUGGAAGCACUCGAGAGCGUCGCGAAUGGACUCACGUUCCCCGCAGGAAUCAUGUACUGCACUGUCCUCUUCUCCAUGGAGACCAUCACUUCUUCCCGAGGACUAAUGGGCUUGACCUACUUUGGCAUUGGAAAACUUAUCGGCACCGUCGUAGGCACCGAGAUUCGAGAGUCGGUGGGCGAUGUUCAAACAUUCCGAUGGUUCUCAGGCGCUGCUCUUGUUGCGACCGUGUUAUAUUGCAUUGGGUUCACAGCGCUAAAGAGGAAGAGGAGCAGGGCGGCCGCGGCUCCACAGCUGACGCCGCCAAACGAAAACCGACACCUGGGCGGCAUAGACAACCUGGCAAUGGAGUCCGGUUCCGUGGAUUAAAGGCCUCAAAAAUAUAUUGAAAGUGGUUACU